AUGGAUCUACAGCAGAGGAUAGCCAUGCUUAACACGAAAAACUGCAGUGGAAAACGUCUACGAGGCAAUAGAGAGCGCAGGACUCCGCCUCGAGGACGUAAAAGGCAGUCUGCGUCAGCUGUCGACUGCCGCUGGGGACUACUGUGGCUCAUGCUGGAUCCGCCCACGGCUCUGAUGCCAGGUCUUCUCCGCACCGUCUGCUGGGAGAGAGACUUGCACGGAUCAGACCUGUUGAUGCACCUCCCCUCGAAAGCCUCGCAGCAACGAUGUCCAAGUGGAGAUGAAGCGGCGGGUCUAAACUCUCGCGACGUCAUGGUCGCCAUGGGCGAGCUGGCAAACGACAUCCUCGGCUACGAGGGCGGGCGUCGUCACUCACGUCGGCUCGAGUGUGGCGGACGUCGGGGGGUCGAUGACCGUGUUGCUGUGGUAUGGAACGGCGACAGCAACUGCAGGGCGGCCCGCUAUCCCCGUCGUGUCCGUGACGGCCUACUUUUUGUCACUACGGGGUUGCGCGUCUCAAGGCCGGCGAGACCAUCGUCCACGCCGCAGCAGGCGGAACGGGUCAAAGCUGCAACUCGGCUGAAGAGCGCCUGCUCUCAUGGCAGAGAGCUCUGGACAUGGGGUCUUGCGCUCGACAGCAGAGUGGUCGCGUGA